UUUAUCCGUAGCUUUAAAGAUGAGCUCACAUCUGAGAAGCUGUUUGGGGUAAAGUUGUGGAUCACAGCAGGGCCAAGAGAAAAGUUCAGUGCUGCUGAGUUUUUGGUUCUGAAGAAGUUCCUGGAGGAUGGUGGAGCCAUCCUGGUGAUGCUGAGAGAGGGUGGAGAGUCCCGAUAUGGCACCAAUAUUAACUUUUUGUUAGAAGAGUAUGGGAUCAUUUUCAAUAAUGAUGCUGUAGUACGAAAUGUAUAUUACAAGUACUACCACCCAAAAGAAGCACUGAUCUCUGAUGGAGUCUUGAAUAGGGGAAUCAGUGAAGCGGCAAGAAAAAGAGUGCUUGAGACAACAGAUGAAGAUGGAAGUGGACAUGACUCACAGGCACUCACUUUCGUGUAUCCAUUCGGUGCCACGCUGAAUGUGAUGAAACCAGCAGUGGCUGUUCUGUCAACAGGAUCUGUCUGCUUCCCGCUCAACAGGCCUAUUCUUGCUUUCUAUCAGGAUGAGCGUCAAGGUGGAAAGAUGGCAGCGCUGGGAUCUUCCCACAUAUUCAGUGAUCAAUAUUUAGAUAAAGAAGAAAACGGUAAGGUCAUGGAUGUGCUUUUCCAGUGGCUCACAACAUCAGAUGUCCAUUUAAACCAGAUGGAUAUGGAGGAGCCUGAGAUUUCAGACUAUAACAUGCUCCCAGAUACAGCCGUGCUGUCUGAGCAACUGCGAGUCUGUCUGCAAGAAGGAGAUGAGAACCCAAGAGACUUCACAAAGCUGUUUGAUACGUCCCUUUAUCAGCUGGAUACAACUGCCCUCCCUUCCGUUAUCAAAGCUUAUGAACAGCUGAAUGUGAAGCAUGAACCUCUCCAACUCAUUCAGCCUCAAUUUGAGACUCCCCUACCUGUCCUCCAGCCAGCUGUUUUUCCACCUACUUUCAGAGAAUUGCCUCCUCCCCCUCUGGAGCUGUUUGAUUUGGAUGAAACUUUUUCCUCUGAGAAAGCUCGUCUUGCAGAGAUUACAAACAAAUGUACUGAUGACGACCUGGAAUUUUACGUACGAAAAUGCGGCGAUAUCCUAGGAGUAACAAGUAAACUCCCAAAGGAGAAGCAAGAUGCCAAAUAUAUCCUGGAGCACAUCUUCUUCCAAGUGGUUGAGUUUAAGAAAUUGAAUCAGGAACAUGAUACUGACACAAGUGAAGCUGGAUUCCAGAAUGGUAACUGAGACCUGGCUUUCCUCAGUUGGAGAUAGACCUUUUAGUAAAAACAUACUUUUCCAUUUUUUU